GCUCCCCUCGGGCCAGCCGCGCCGCGGCAGCGUGUGGCCCUCCAGCCCUGCGUGCCCAGCUGGGCGCUCGCUGUGCCCCGUUCCCACAGCACACACGCUGCCCUGGCAGCACUUCAGGCACCUGGGCAGCGUGGAGCAGCUGUGCGGUACCGCGGGAGCCGCCCGUCUGCUCCCCACAUUGCACUUGGGGAUUGUUGUCUCCUAAGCCGUGUCUGUUCAGGCAGUGGUAACCCGGGUGGUCGCCACCAUACAGGCAGGUGGGCAGCUGAUGGUAGCUGGUGUUGCCUGGACAGCUUGUUGCAGGAGAGCACCUGGCCCUUUAGAAAUUCUGUGACUGUCCCAUAGUGGUUUGGCACCGGGAGUCUGGAGUUGCACACCCGUGAGGGUGGCACAAGUGGUUUUAUACAGAGAGCAGAAGCUCAAAGCUGCAGCACUGUCCCUUUCCCGAGUGCUUCUCUGAGGGCAUUCACUCGGUUCAAGCCUGAAAAGAGAAACUUAAAAGAAUUCCCUGUUUGUUUUCACUCUUACAAACACAAAACUCUCUUGCAACACUGGCAGCUUGUCCCCAUUGCCUUGUACUUAUCAGAGGUGAACUGGAGGUGUCUUCUCCAGUGGCCCUGCCAGGGGAUGUAGGCUUGGGUCACCCUCAGAAUACUCUGAGACAGCUGCUGCUCCUCUGCUGUCCCUUUGCUGACCUUAAGUGGUACCUCAGCUGAUCCUGUCCUUGAUGUAAUUUGGCCUUUGGGUUCAAACGUCUCUGGUGCUGUUCCUUCUGUUUGAAAUUGUCUCUCCACUUUCAUAUCUCAUUCUCCUUGCCGUAGUACCUAGGAAACCUCUAGUUGUGUCAUAAGCGUAAACAUCUGCUUUGACGUUUGUCGUGAUUCCAUAACUUUCAGUUUCUUCUGAAAAGGCUUUCUUUCCCCUUGCCUCUGCCAUUCUCUCCUUUGCUUCCACUGAGAUUUUAUCUCUUCGUCUGAAAGAGUUCAUAGAUACAGAAUUUGCAGUUUUGCAGAUGCUUUGCCAACUAACAGCCUCUGUACCAUGCUACAAGACGUCACCAUCAUCCCCCUCAUCUUGACUCACUCUGGCUGUGAGUCGUGCUGGGCAGUGUCUAAAUGCGUCCUGCUUGUGUGUGAGGCCUCCAUAGUGCUGACGGUGCCCACGUCUCUGAGCUGGCCUCCACUUUCUGUGCGUGAGAUCCUCUCUUCUGUCAGGGCCAAAGGCUUCAGUUGUCUCUCCAGCUGCUCUGCUUAGAAUUUGCAGUGACAUUAAAAACUAGCUUGAACAUACAUCAGUUUUAAAGCACUGUUGAUAAUGGGAUGAGAGGAGCUGAGCAGUAGGGGCAAAGGAAAAGAGCGAUUCUCAGAGCUUUACAGGGCACCACCUCUGCCAGCUGUCAUGGGAACCAUGGCUGUGUGACCUCUUGGGGUUCUGGGUGCAGUUGAGGUGUCCCUGCAGUUGGUGAUUUCAGACGGACUUUGUGACAGUGGUGAUGUAAGAUUAGGUGGGACAGCCUGACUUGUGCUUACCUUAGCACUUCAUUGCCUUAACUGAUAAUUUCCCCUCUACCUCCAGCAAAAGUAUAUUUCUAAUCACAUUACUCAACCCCACUUCUGAGUGACACAGUUUUUACUUUGUCUUAUUUUUAGAACCUUUCUGUGGGGGGAUAAAAUUUAUUGCUUCCUGCUCAGGAGCACCUAGGGACUCUGAAAGGAAGAGGUCCAGGUAGCAGCAGAGUCCCUGCUGAGGACUGAGGUUCUUUGGAGAUACAGUACAGAAUAGGAAUGGUGGUGAGCAAAGAACAGAGUUUCCAAGUCACACUCAAGUAAUUUCCAGAUUUCUGGACUCUCCACCCAGCAGCCAAAGCAUUAUAAUGGGCUUCUGUCUAAAAGUUAUCUUGAAGAAUAUUGCUCAGGGUGCAAAAUCAAGUGCUACAGUGUUAAGGAAUGUCCUUGUAGUCCCAGUUCAACUUGUUUUGGAUAUGUACUCAAGGUGUAAUGACUAAUUUUGUAAUUGUAUGCUGCUUACCACCUGUAGCCCAGCCACAGGUACUGCACAGCAAUGGUGAUUCUGCUCUUGGGGGUUUGUCUGUUCCUUAUUCUAAGUUGUAUAAUUUUAGUCUGUCUGCAAAACUGGGAAGAGACACAACCACAUACCUUGGGGUGGCAGGAGACAGGACUUUUAAACAAAAUCGGUAAGUGCUGUGCUGCCACAGCAUACAGAAUUUGAGAACCUCUUCCAAGCUAGUGUUCUGGCCUUUGCAUGCUUGGGACCCCACUGCCAGAGAUUAAAUAUCCAUCACAGUCAUCUUGGUCACAUGUUGUGGCAAGGUGUUCUGCUUUGCAUUAAAAAUUGAUGCUGUGCUCUAGUUUCCAGAUGACUUUUGUUUGCUUGCCAUCUGGCUCAGCUCCUCUUGCUUCCUUGCCACGCCACUCUUAACCCACACAAACACCACCAGCCUGCCCUCAGACACAUCCUGCAACAGAGCAGGUGAGAACACUGACAGCCAGAGCCCAGCUGGAGAGAAGUAGUGGUUUGAAUGACUUGUUUGGUACACUGCAGAGCUCCUGUGCCACACAGGUGUGGUGGGAGGCCAGAGCUUGCUUAAGUAGCCCUUUACUUGAUAGUCCUGGUUGUUCAGGGGUCGAUGAUCCAACCAAAAAUGUAUUCAUAUCAAUGAUUUUUGAUCUAUCAGGUCACAGACAAAGCAAAAGAAGCAAUUUCUUUUUAGAAUGAGAAGAUUCCUCUUUCUCCUUAGGGCUGUGUGGUGUUAGGAGGUGGAGUGCAGAACACCUCUCAUGUUUCCCACUAUAUGAACCUCAGCUGGGGGACUCUUUGGGAUCUGAUGAGACAAGCAUCGUGUCCUAUCAAGAAGCUGCAGUGAUCUGCAUUCCCUGGUGGGAGAAGGCUCCUCUCCUCAGCACCAUUAGUUGGGGGUUUGCCCUGCUUGCUGCAUUGUCCAUUCUGUUUGGAUUCACAGGAUCAGCUCUGCAUUUGCUGGAGCCACAGUCCCUGCACUGGCACCAUCUCCAGCUGGGGCCCAGGCAGCCUGGCUCAACGGGGUAUUGUUUAUUCCACCCAGGAAUGUGCAGGCAAGCAGGGACCUCGGGGAGCUUUACAGAGCAACAUGUUCUGCUCUGAGCAGAGAGGGAGUGUGGGUGGCCACAGCUCUGAAGACUGAUGGGAGCAGUCAGGGCAUGCUGGUGUGCAGGUAAUGUCCUAUCCUAGAAGUGCGAAUGAGGACAGUGCAGGCUGUGCAGAUGCAUUGGGGUAUGGAGGAGGGAAGGAGGGCUGUCUAGAUUUGGAGAACACAUGAAGGAACAUAGGGAAAAGGUAGAAAUGUCUUAGUAUGUAGUUAGUAAGCUUCUGUUCUUGACACAAUGGUGUGAAAAGCCAAGCAUGACUGCUGGUUCCUCCCACUGUGUGCUGGGUACUAAUCCUGCAGUCUAGAGCACAUCAAGAGCUGCAGCAGCUCUCUUGUCAAAGCCAAUCUUCCAGCAGCUGAAGGGUGCACUGAACUGAGGGGUAUCUCUGUCACUGCAGGUGGAUUCUGUUUUCAGUGGACACUGAGCUAUAAUGAGUGGAAGGAGGCACAAAAAGACCUAGGUGAAAUGCAGGGUGUUUUUCAAUUUUUAAAAACAUCACUGACAGCAUUUGUUUAAUAUUUUUAAUAUUAAUUUCUCUAAUCAUUUUGUGACAAGCUUGUCUUUGUACAUUUCUGGGAAUAUGACCAUUCCUGGUCUACUGCUCAUGCAGAUUCUGAAGUUAUUAUAGAGAUUGAGACAUCCACUGAACAAGAAUCUACUUGUCCCUCUUGUGCAAAUCCUGUGUGCCUGUGGAAGCCUACAUGGCAUAUUUGGUCUGUUUGGUGAAAUGUUAGUUCUUCAGUUACAGUGUAGUCAUACUCUCCAUAGUUCUAACAGUGCUGCUUCUUGAGUGAGAAGCUGGAAAGUAUUAUUUAGUGGAGAGACAAGUGACAAUAGCACCUGUUAAGUUUGGUUUCUUCGCUGCUUAAUUUGUGGCAUCUAUCCAUUACUGGUUUUUAUCUCAUGGUCUGAGCCGUGCUUUGGGAUAGGAGUGAAUUAGCUGCCCUCAAAUGCUUUGGGUCUCCCUUUCUACUGGGGCUGUUAAUACUUCUUGUAAUCAGCCUAGAUGGCCUCUUCACAUUGCUGCCUUAUCUCUUAAGUGCUUAAAAUCCUUGCUUCAGCAUCUUCAGUAGUCCUGCCUCCAUCUAAGUGAUGGUACUUCUAGCAAGUGCCUGACAAUUACAUUUGAUGCUGGUGAGUCGGUUAUUUUGGAUUUCUUACCCUGCACAAUUUCAGCUGCAAGAAGAGGAGGAAUAGAAGAAGUUGUCAGAGUCUAUGUGCAAAUGUCAUUUCUUGGUGACCCAGUCUAUGCUGAAGAUCUCAAAACAAUAUUGUAACAGAGUUAAUAGCUAUAAUUUCAUUCUGGUCCCUGCUUCCAUCGACCCGUGCUGGACCAGACACACUCCAGAGCUAAUAGCAAAAUUGGAUAAGCAGUCUUCCAUGAAGGUAAUGUUAGUGUGUGCUGAGCAUGCAUGUAUACAGACUGAGGGAGUGAUUAAUGCCCUGGGAAUCCACUCCCUGCCUUGCUGCACAAUGCUGUUGUGUCAGGCCCAGAGCUUGGCACCAGGCAGGCUGUGGUCAGGCGCCAGGAACAUGUUACCUGGUUUGUGCAGGAUCAGGCAGUGAGACAGAGCCCGUGUGUUCUCAGCAGGGCGAGUUCCUGCUGCGCCACCGCUUCAUACUUGCACAGUGAGGCUCUCUCUGGAUGCUGGGUGGGGGCAGGAGUCCUGCGAUCCACAGUCCUGACCUCCCCCAGCCUGAAGUCCCAGAGUUUGCUCAGCUGUGGCAGAGCUCUCCCUCCUUCCCUCUGGCAGGAAAGGAUCACCCAUCCUUGAGGUGAGAGGUGCUUGGCCAGCAGUCAGGAGCCGUGACUCGCAGGGAAUCACAGGCGGAGCCCUGCUCUCCCUGCAGUCUGCUUUUCCUUCUGGAGCCUCUGCAUGAGCUAUUGCUGAAUGUUUGUUUUCACCAGAUCUAGGGUGGAUCUGGAAGAAGCUCAGGUCCACUAUUAAGCCUGAAGGGUUGGACUCAGUAAGUUUCCAGUCUGGAAUAUGCUGGGAGGCUUCCUUCUCUAGGUUGGGGUUUGUAGAAAAUGUUGGCAGGCAGCACUGCAGGGAGUAAGACAAGGCCAAGGCCCUGGAAAACGUAAUAUUUUGUGUUUAAUUCAUGUAAUUGAGCAAGCAAGCUCCACAAGACUGAUUUACUACUUGCAAAUACAAGGGCAUGCUGUCUAUACUCCAAUGGAGUCAGGGAGUGAUCUUGCUCUUCUUGGUACUGCUGAGGGAACAUGAGCCUGUUGGGAUUCUUUUUUUGGCAGUUUCAGAAGUUGCUUCACGCUUUCUUACAAGUUGCCUCUCAGGGAAUGCUUUGGACAUGAAUAUAUUAGUGGUUUAUUGUAACUGUAAUUAAUAUAUACAUGCUGGAACUAUUGCAGUCCUGCCUGUCCCUCUCUAUCUCCAUCUCAUUGGAAAAUCUUGCCCAUUUUAAUGAUGAGUCCCCAGAGUUGUAGGUGUGUUGAAGGAAGUGACACUCCUGUUUCCAUGGGCAGGAUCAGUGGCAGGGCUCUAUUCUCAGCGCCAGUGACUGUAGCAAAGCCGGGACUGUGUCUGCAGCACACAUAUUGUAAUCUUUGCAUAUCUCUGCCCAUUCUUACAUUAUACCUUUGACAGAAGACAUACAAGAAAUCUCACUGUACCAUCAUGUGCGCCUGGAGAAACUACCCUAAGGCAGCAAUUGUGCCUGCAAUGCUUUUCCCUCUUUGUCCAGUGCUGUUAUGAAGUUUGAAUAUUCAGAGUAUGAAUAUUCAGAGAAUUCCUAGGAGCCUGAGCUCAGCUGGCAGCCUGUCCGGGGGUGGAGGGCAGCCUGGGUGUCUGCAAAGGGGUGCUGCUGCUGCGCCUGCUGCUGCUGCUCCUGUUCCCAUGAGAACAUGCCAGCAUGCUCCAGGCACCCCACCUCUAACAGCAGAAGGAUCCUUAAUUGUCUUUAGUAUUUUCAAGCUAAUUGAUGGCUUUUCUGUCCUUUUCCUCGCUCCACAUGGUCAUGUUUUUAAUACUGUUACUCCUUCUGCCUCAGUAGGUUUCUGCUAUCCUGAACUGCAGCUCUUUGUGCUCCUGAUUCACUUCAGUCCAUUCAUCUCUUUUUGGUGGCAGAGUGCUGUCUGCUGCUGGAUAUUGGGCUCUUUGUUUGUGCAGCCAGCACAAAGCUGGUGACAAAGGGACAGCCUGUGUCCCAGGAAGCCCACGUGCGAUGGGGAAGGCAGUGGAGAUCAAUAGGAGUGACAGACAGACAGGAUGGCAGAGGUGAGGGUGGCCAGAGGCACAGCAUGCUGGCUGCAGCAGAGGAAUGGCUGGGGGCGGGGAGAGACGUGAUGAGGAAGCUGUUCCUGCUGAGUACAAACCCACUUUGUUCCCAGGAGGUGAGUCGGACUGGAUAAACAGAAUGGUCCCGUCAGCAGAAAGCCUUUCCCUGCCUGGGCACUCUCUCUGGAAGUUGCCUGCACCUCGUUAGCAGGGACAUAUCUCUGCUGCCUGCGUUAGCUUCUCCUGUUCCCGACUCUCCGGGGCGCAGCCUUAGGCACUGAUUUGUCUUCAGACCCUGCACAAUGGAGGCUGGCUCCGUGGUACGGGCAGUCUUUGAUUUCUGUCCCAGCGUCUCUGAAGAGCUUCCCCUCUUCGUGGGAGAUGUCAUCGAGGUGCUGGCUGUGGUGGACGAGUUUUGGCUCCUUGGCAAGAAGGAAGGUGUCACAGGGCAGUUUCCUAGCAGCUUUGUUGAACCUGUGGAUAUUCCCUCUUUGAAGCAGGGAGAAAAACUGUUUGUUUGUACCAAUGACUUCACAUCUCAAGAGCCAGGGAGCUUAUCAUUGCAGAGAGGAGACUUGGUGAUCCUGGCGGGGUCCCUGGCCUCCAGCUGGCUCCAGGGCCAAAGCAGCUGGGGUUCCAAGGGCUUUUUCCCCUCAUCAUGUGUGAGGGAGCUGUGCCUUUCAGUUCGGAGACGUCAGCUGUCCCAGAGCCCUCUCCUGGAGGUGCCUGCCUACUCCUUGGGCCAAGCCCAGGCCCUGAUGGACCUGUCUGCUCAGCUGGAGGAGGAACUGGACUUCAGGGAAGGGGAUGUGAUCAACAUUGUUGGUGUCCCAGAGCCUGGCUGGUUUGAGGGUGAGCUCAGAGGCUGCAGGGGCAUCUUCCCAGAGGGUUUUGUGGAACUGCUUACUCCUCUGCGAGCACCAGGAACCUCAGUGCAUCCAGAGCCCACAGGGAUUUGUGACACCAAUGGGACAGUAGAGAUGCCCCACAAAGAAGACAAUGAGCCAGGGAGUACUUAUGGUGUUGCCCUCUACCAGUUCCGAGCCCUGGAGUCCAAGGAACUGGAUUUUGAUGUGGGUGACAGGAUUCGGAUUGUAGGCAUUCUGGAGGAUGGCUGGCUGGAGGGGGAGCUGAGAGGAAAACGUGGCAUCUUUCCACACAGAUUUGUGAGGCUGGAAGCCUCUGAGGCUUGCAUGGAAAAGAUGAGUGCUGGGGAUCUGCAAGGUGGAGGCAGUUGUGGAUUGAGCAUCCAUCAAGAUCCAGAAAGCACUUGCUGUGAAACUCCUCCUUUGCCAGAGAAGGAUAGCAGGGAAAAGGAGGAUGGCUUGGCCACAUAUCCUGAGCCUGCCACCAUUUUGUCUCACAAGGCAGGGAGGUCAGAGGGUCCUCUUGGCACUGACCUGAGACAGCACCAGGCCUUUCCCAGCACAGGACACCAAGAGCUGCAUCACGAAGGCACGGUGGGCUCGGUCCUCUCUCCCCACACAAAGUCAGUCAAUGGCAUUCUCCCCUCUGCUCAGCUGCCUCCCCCACAGGGCAGCAGGCCUGGCCAAGCAGGUGAGCCAGAGCCUGGGGGAACUAUUUCAGCAGCCCCAGGAAACUCAGAAACUCACUCCCUCCCUAAGCAUGAUGGAGAGAGCCCCACUGUGCCCUUGCAGGCUCCCCACUUCCCCCAAAAUCCUUGCAGGAACCAAGUGAUUUUAUCUGCUAAUAGCAGGGCAGCAUCUGAGCCCCAGGAGAGCCAGAGCAGGACCCAGGACCUAGACAAUUGGAUGGACAGUAAAUUGGAGAAGUCCAAGCCCUGUUCCAGCUUAGGAACUGCCCAGGUGAGCCUGGACACACGGGCUGGGAGCUGGGGGGAGUGCUACCCUCAUGCAGUGCAGGGGGACAGCUGCACGGACCUGGACUCCAAACUGACGGAGCAGCUGGCCCAGUUUGAGAAGAGUCUGUCGAGUACUGGUGCGGAGCAGGAGAAGGUCUCCCGUCACUUCUCCAUCUUGGACUACAGCUCUGAGAAGGACAUUGUCCGCGGGUCUCCUGAAUCUGUGUCCCACUCCAGGCAGGCAGAGAGGAGAAGGGCCCUGAGGCCACCCCCUCCUCGGCCAAGCAGCCUCACGACAGCCGCUGCGCACGUGCAGGGAGGCCCGGUGCCCAAGGGCAGGUCUCUGUCCUUCUCCGUCAAACCCUCCCGGCCUGCGCCCCGGCCUCCACCCAGCAACCAGCGGAAAAGUGUCAGCCCUGCACAGCUUCAGCCCAGCACCCCAGAGCAGCAGGUGGAGGAGGGAUGUGAGGACUUGACACAGGCAGGAUCAGCCUCCUCCAGCUCCAUCCUGCUGACUAGAAUUGGAGAGGUGGAGAGAGACCUGGAGGCGUACAGCAAGACCCGUGCCGAACUAAGCCUGAUGCUGGAAGAGCAGCAGGAUGAGCUGGUGAGAGCAGAGACCAUGGAAAACCUUGAUUUCUGUGACUCCAACAUUGAGAGCCUCAGCAUGGAGCUGCAGGAGUUGAGAGAGAUGACUCUCCUGUCCUCCCAGACGCCGUCCCUGGAGCCGUCCUCGGCCGCCGCUGAGAGCGCAGAGCAGAGGAUGCUGGAGAAGAGGGCCAAGGUUAUUGAGGAGCUGCUCCAGACAGAGCGGGACUAUAUCAGAGACCUGGAGAUGUGCGUGGAGAGGAUCAUGGUGCCCCUGCAGCAGGCACAGAUGCAGAACAUAGACUUUGAGGGCCUUUUUGGAAACAUCCACAUGGUAAUAAACUUCUCCAAGCAGCUGCUGUCCGCCUUGGAGGCUUCAGAUGCCAUCGGACCAGUGUUCCUGACGCAUCGUGCAGAGCUGGAGAGUGUCUACAGAGUGUAUUGCCAGAACCAUGAUGAGGCCAUCGCACUGCUGGAGACCUAUGAGAAGGAUGAGAAGUUGCAGAAACUACUUUUGGACCUGCUGGAUAGCCUCAGGAGCCUGUACAGUGAAUGGGGUUGCACAAACUACAUUAACCUGGGCUCCUUCCUCAUCAAGCCAGUGCAGAGGGUGAUGCGGUACCCGCUGCUGCUGAUGGAGCUGCUGAGUGCUACCCCUGAGGCUCACCCUGAUAAGGCACCACUCACAGCUGCUGUCCUCGCAGUCAAAGAAAUCAACGUCAACAUCAACGAGUACAAGCGCCGGAAGGACCUGGUGCUAAAGUACAGAAAAGGGGAUGAGGAUAGCCUCAUGGAGAAGAUCUCCAAGCUCAACUUCCACUCUAUCAUCAAGAAAUCCAACCGUGUGAGCAGCCACCUCAAGCAUCUCACAGGCUUUGCACCCCAGCUAAAGGAUGAAGCCUUUGAAGAGACAGAGAAAAACUUCCGGAUGCAGGAGCGUCUGAUCAAGUCCUUCAUCCGGGACCUUUCCCUCUACCUGCAGCAUGUCCGGGAGUCAGCAUGUAUGAAGGCACUGGCAGCAGGGAGCAUGUGGGAUCUGUGCACAGAGAAGGGAAGUGGAGAUUUGGACCAGUUCCAGAAAGUGAAUCGUCUCAUCAGCGACCAGCUCUUCUCCAGCUUUAAAGAGCGGACAGAGCGGCUGGUGAUGUCUCCCCUGGGCCAGCUGCUGAGCAUGUUUGCGGGGCCCCACAAACUGGUGCAGAAACGCUUCGACAAACUGCUUGACUUCCACAACUGCACCGAGCGAGCGGAGAAGCUGAAGGACAAGCGAACGCUGGAGGAGCUGCAGUCAGCCCGCAACAACUACGAGGCCCUCAAUGCCCAGCUGCUGGAUGAGCUGCCCAAGUUCCUGCGCUUUGCCAAGGAGCUCUUUGCCAGCUGCGUGCGGGGCUAUGCCGAGGCACACUGCGACUUCGUGCGCCUGGCCCUGGAGGAGCUCAGACCCCUGCUCUCGUUGCUGAAGGUGUCUGGCAGGGAAGGGAACCUCAUUGCCAUCUUCCAGGAUGAGCACAGUCGAGUCCUCCAGCAGCUCCAGGCCUUCACCUUCUUCCCAGAGUCCCAGGCAGCUCCCAAGAAGACUUUUGAAAGGAAAAGCAUGGAACGGCAGUCUGCCCGACGGCAGCCCCUCAUUGGCUUGCCAGCCUACUUCCUGCAGUCGGAUGACAUCCGAGCUGCCCUCCUGGCCCGCUAUCCCCCAGAGAGUCUCUUCCAGGCAGACCGCAAUUUCAAUGCUGCCCAGGACCUGGAUGUCUCCCUGUUGGAAGGAGACAUUGUGGGCGUCAUCAAGAAGAAGGACCCCAUGGGCAGCCAGAAUCGCUGGCUCAUAGACAAUGGGGUGACCAAAGGCUUUGUGUACAGUUCCUUUCUGAAGCCCUACAACCCCCGCCGCAGCCAGUCGGACGUCUCUGUGGGCAGCCACUCUUCCAACGAGUCGGAGCACAGCAGCUCCUCUCCCCAAAGCAACGCCACCCUGACCUUCAGCCCCAGUGGGGCGGCCGUCACCUUCACUCAGAAGCCCCUGCAGGACUCUGUCUCCCCAGCAGAUGUGUACCAGUCCCCACAGCCCCCACUGGAGGUGGACUCCCCCUCUGUGCCCCAGCUUGGCUCUGGUGACAGGACGGCCCCACUGGCUGCUACUGUGACAUCUCAGCGCCGCUACAGCCGCCCCGAGCUGGGCUGCAGCCCCAGCUCUCGCAACGGGCACUCCACCAAAGCACAUCUCAGGCCCACACCCUCGGUGGAGGACAGAGACUCAGGGCUGGAGAACAGCGAGUCAGAGGGCAACCAGGUCUACUACGCUCUCUACACCUUCAAAGGCCGAAACACCAAUGAACUGAGCGUGUCAGCUAACCAGAGACUCAGGAUCCUGCAGUUUGAGGACAUCACAGGCAAUCAGGAGUGGUGGCUGGCCGAGGCCCACGGGAAGCAGGGCUAUGUGCCCUCAAGUUACAUCAGGAAGACAGAGUACACGUGAGGCAGCAGACAGAGCCUGCACCCCAUGCCUUGUUCCUGCUGGGACUGCUAGGGUCUGGGGGAGGCUGGCCAGCCCUGCAGCCCCCACUGCUCACCCUUAAGGCUGUGCCUCUCACAGCUGUGCAGUGCUCCUGGGCCCCAAACACUGGCUGCCAUCGCCCCUUUAGGGGAGAAAGAAGGGUGGGCUGACCAGGUAGGCAGCAGCAGGCAGCUUGUGUGAGGGCAGGGGUGAGUUCACCUCUAAGGUGUGUUUGAGCCUCCUGUGUCCAGCCAGGAGCAGGGGAGCAAAGCUUGGGGCUGUCACUUGCCCAGGAGGGUAGGGCUUGACUCAGGCUGAGGAACUGCUGUAGAUUUAAAUUGUGGAAGGCUAAUGCUGAGUUUCUGGAGAUUGUCUUUAGUCGAGUAGUAUUAAAAGCACCCCAGACUUUGUGAAUAUGCUCCCUGUGCAGCAGGAGCCUGGUCUUGCCUGCCUCUGCAAGACUUGGGGUGGGACAUUCACACACUGCCUGGGGAAGCAGCUCUGAGGUUUGCUGGGAGUAGUUGAGCUCCAGGCCUGGUAUGGGUAUAGCCUCUGAAACCCUGAAAAUAAAGCCCCCAGCAAAUGCCUUCUCCCUGUGCUUGAUCUGCCAGGGGCUUGGCCUUUCCAAGGGCUGCUGCUGCCAGCAACCAUCAGGUUCUCAUCUUUCAGGUGAGCCAGAAGCCCAGAACACCAUACCCUUGUCACAGCAGCAUUGGCUGUGCCCAGGACCCAUCUUUGCACUGCCAUGCCCACCUGGCUGCUCUUGGCCGGGACAGGGGAGAAGGCAAAGCACAAGCUGCCCUCCAGCCUGUUUUUUGGGGUCUGACCAGAACUGCCUCACCCGUGCUUUCCUGCACGGCAUGGGGGAGGGUGCUGACACUCUGGAGCGGCAGGACCAUCGUCCCUGCCAGGGCUGUGGUGCCUUUUUCUGGGUUGGUGUGUGAUAUGGCUGCUGCCAUGUGCUGAAGGGGAGAGGUUCCCUUCAUGGGGCAGUGUUUGUAGCCCCUGUACUGCUGCUCUGCAAAUAAAGAUUCGCCCUUGGGUAUAGAAGGUGCCUUUGCAAGUAUUGGGAGAGCUGGGAGGAGUGGCUGGCAGGUGCUGCAGUGUUCAUGCAGACCCUACAGGGCCAGGAACAACAUUUCCAGUUUGGUGGGGUCCAGCAUUCUAGUGCCUUGGUGUUUGUACCAGCUGCAACUCGGGCAUGAGGAAACACAGGAACCUUCUUUAUUAAGAUGAAGUGGUUGAACUGCGCUCUUCCCCCAGGUGUGUGCUACGUGACUCUGGGGCUCCAGGGCAGUAGGGGUUGGUGGGGUGAAUGGUUGCCCUACUCUAAGUGGGCACCUGCUCCCUGCAUGAGGAGAUCUGGCCCAAGAACAAAGAGUCAAGGGUUUGUUAACAAUAAUCACCAUACUUUGUGUGUGCAUGGUUGUACACAGAUGUGUGCCUGCUGCUCUCCAGCUUGUUGCUGCCACCAUCAGGUUUGCAGUCUGUAACCACAGCCCAAAAUCUGCUCCACAAGUGGUUGUGAUAACCUCAGGGAGAGGGAGCAGUAGCCAUAGGGAAGGCAGGCAGGCAGCCCUAGUUUUGCUACAGAGCAGUGUUCUUGCAUGAGUAGAGGUGUGGCCCCAAAUUUAGACUGCCCAGCUCUGUGUAACCUCUGUUGGCAGCUCGGGUUUAAAGCUAAACCAAGGCUUACUUAUAUGCCUUGACAUCAGCCUUGUCGGUGGAAGACUACAAACUGUUACAAAAAGUAAAUAAAUUAUAACAUUCAUUCUUUGA